AUGUCGCCGUCCGCCUCUCUACCGUCGUUGGAGGCGAUUGCCUCUCUGCCUAAAGUCGAACUUCACGCCCACCUCUUUGGGUCCAUUCGCGUGCCCGUCCUGGAAGAGAUACGACGGAAGGCGGCCAAAGAACAAAAGAGUGACGCGGAGGGUUGCAACGGAAUCCAUGCAGACGAGGCAGCCGCGAGCGUCGCGCGGAUCGAGGGAAAGUGCAUCGGCAUCGGCGACGCGUUCGCGUAUUUUUCGGCCGUUUACCAAAUUGUGAGGCGAAAGGAUGACAUCGUCCACGCGCUCCGCAGGACACUCGAAGACUUCAGUCGAGAUAACGUCGUCUACCUCGAGCUACGGACAACGCUGAAAACGAUUCCAGAAGAAGGAGUCGACCCUGACACUUACGUGGCGCUGCUGGUUGAGGAGCUCAAGUCUUCACAGAAGCAACACCCGAUGAUCGUACGCCUCAUUCUGUCUUUGAACCGUGCUCGGCUGACCAGUGAAGACGAGACCCGAGACGAAGUCUCCAAAAUUCUCAACCUCGCGGCGAAAUACCCGGAGUGGAUUGUCGGGGUGGACAUUGCCGGCGACCCUCGAAAAGGAAAUAUCUUGCCUGCCUUGGCAAUCUUCGAGAAGGAGGUGAUGAAUCCAGGGGGUGCGCACUUCGGUAAACUCAAGCUCACCGUGCACACUUCGGAAGUGGAAGGUGCUGAGGAGGAGACGAAAGCUGUGUUGAAGCUGGCACCCCACCGCAUCGGUCAUGGGUGCUACCUAGCUGAUGAUCAAAGGGCGCAUCUUCUCAAGGAGAAAAUCUGCGUUGAGGUUUGCCCGACUUCAAAUAUGUGCACACUUAACCUGAGGGAUUUGAAAGACCAUCCGUUUUCGUAUUACUGCGGCAAAAAGGUGCUCUCCAGCGCCGUCUGCAUCUGCACGGAUGACAUUGGCCUGUUUGAUACCUCGCUCUCGAAGGAGCUCCAUACCCUCAGCCAGGCGUAUAACCUUUCUCUGUCCGAUCUUGUCGACCUGCAACGGUCUGCCUUGGCGGCUGCUUUCUGUCGCGCUGAAGACAAAGCCAAAAUCGAGGAAAAAUUCUUCCGCACGUCUGUUUGA